UGUGCGACCCAUUGUCUCGUAUUCUUACAUAAUCUUACAGCAUACGAAACUUAUCUCAUAUUUCAAAUGGUCGCAGGAAUCGAACCUGGGACCUCUCGAUAUCCGGUCGAGCACCUUAACCGCUAAGCUACCAACUGAUAUCCAUAUCCAUGCCAUCUUUUCCAACCAACAUAUCCCUCCCCAUGUGAUAAAUAUUUUCUUACAAUUGUUGCAGGAUUUCGACACGAUUAGAAACUUUAUGAACUGAAUAGAAAAAAAUUAAACUAGAAACCCAAACUGCAAACUUAAUUAAACCACACUUUAUGUCUCAAGUCAAUAAAGCGAUGUUGGGAGCCAUUAAAUUUAAACUGAUAAGCAGAUUAGAUAUCGUUCAAGCUGAAGUAAAUGAAGCGUCGCAAUCAUUUCAUGACUCAGAUCAAAUUUAGAUCCUCGCCCGAUCUGUCCAGUCGACUAAAUUGUUUUAGUUGUAUAAUCGACAUGGAGGUAAAAUUUGAGCCAGAUGACAACUUAAAAAUCCAUCCUUCCGACUGGGACACAAUUCUGAAAAAAAAUUUACGUCCGCCUAAUCCAACGUUCUCCACGAAGGGUUUGAAGCUCGACAAGAAACUGCAGCUGGAGCCUCAUCCAUCAAUCGGGGACUUGGCAAAAUUGGCUAAAAUCGCAUACUCUGGCUUUGAUGAUGCCAAAAAGGAGUUGGAAUGAACGACACUUGCAAAAGGCCACCUUGAAGCGGAUCUGCAGGGGAUAGUGAAUAACCAGAAAACACCACAGCUAAACUCUGCCUGUACCUUCGUCUUAAAAGUCAUGGGAGCUGUCGAAAAACUUCAAAAAGACACAUCCGACCCACCACCACUCCAACACAUCAUCACUGGACACUCCCUCGGCGGUUGGCUAGCUCAGGUGGCCACAUACGCCGUAAAAUAUUUAAAACUUAGCGCAUCAAGCUUUGUCCCGUAUAAUGGGGACCGGUAUCACCCACACUGUGUCGUUUUCGACAGUCCUGGCACUCGCCAAAUGCUUGAUUACAUUCACUCAUGUUCCAAAUUUGGACAACAUCUGGAUUUUCACACCGUUAGGUUGGAAAUUUGCAAUUACGUACUUUAUCCAAAUUUUGUUAACGUUACCAAUCCUCCAUUCGGAGAUAUGGUGCAGAUUAGUUCGGAACAGAUUACAGGAGCAUUUGAAGAGUUUGAUCCUCUCAAGGAUACACUAAUUUCACAUUUAAGUCACGUAGGCAGGUUUCAUCGUAUUGAUUUAUUUGUAAAAAUUCUAAACGGGGGGAACCCGUUUCGGCAAAAGGCCAUUCCGCUGACGAAGCCGUCGCUAUUUAAAAAAUCUAUAAAGAUUGUCAAACGUUCCUUGCAAUUUAUCAAAAAUUCCUUGUCUUCCUCAGUUUUUGGUGAUACGGAUGUAAACUUGGAUAUGCGAUUAAAUGGCGACGUAUCAUACCAAGUAGUAAAAUGGCCAUUUGUAGUAUUUCAGGGAUGGAACACUAAAGUAGAUAAAGCUAUGAAUAGUUGGGUAAACUUAAUUUGGAACGGGAUAUCUCCCGUACUGGAUAAAAAUGCUAGACGACGGUUGUCCGAGUGGGUUUCUCGUGCCGAUAUACACUGCGGAAGUAUAUCCACCAAGGAUGAUGAGGUUAGUUUGUCAACGACCAGACUGAGCGAGACUGAGAAAAAAAUUACAGAACAAUUUAAAAGAAUUCGAUUAUGGAAGAAAUACAUCCGACAUGAUAAAGUACAUAAGAUUUGUAGUCCGGAACUGAAACCUAUUUUCGAUAAUAUCGACAAAUUUUCCGCUGAAAUGGGAAGGAUCAGUUUUAAAAAUCAAGAAACAUACAAGCUCAUUAAAAAUUGCUGCUCAUUUAAUCUCCAAACUGAAUUACGAAAUGGGAUUAAAAAUCUUCCAGAUUAUGAUUUUACUUCCGUUUUACUUGAGAGUGAGUCAUUCUGUGAUGAAAUGCUGAACAAAUAUUGUGGUGUAAAAUUUACCCGCACGGAUCCACUUAAACGUUACAAUGUAAAUAAGAAUACGGCCACAAUUUUGACAUCAACCAGUAAAGAUUUGUUGACUUUGACAUUGCUCAAAUUCAUCUUUUUGAAACACAAUGGAUUUAACGCCGCGCUUAAAACAGCUUUAAUUUUGAAAUAUGAUUCUAAGAAUAAAAAAUCUAGACCAAAACUAGAAAUAAAACUGAGUGGUAUUACCUUAAUAAUAAUUAACUGUAUCGAUGUGUCGGAUGAUGAAAUUCACAAAUUUUCGUCCAAUCCAUCAAUUAAAUAUGUUUGGCUAAGACAGUGCACAUAUAUCAAACAGACUGUUACCCAAGAUUCUGACGAGCCAUCACCAAAAAGAAAAAGAAUGAUAACCCCCAACUCUUUCGAACUGGCUAAUUUUGAAGUUGACACUGACUUGUUAGAAUGCUUGCUUUCAAAGGAAAUAUGUUUGCAGGGGCAUCCGCGCUUGUUGAGAGAUGUCAUUCAUGAUAAGCAAGACGAGUUUAAAGAAUUUCUAAAAUCAUCACCAUCCACCAUCUUAUCUAUUCUCGAGGGUAGUCAGGAAAAAAUCGGUCACACUCCAAAAUCCGUGUUCAGCCUUAAGAGCUCAUAUUUUGAAAUUGCGCGUAACAUGAAUAGUGCAGAAUUAGUAGGAUACUACUCAAGAGAACUGACAAAAUACGAAACCAUUGUUGUAUUUGAGUGCAACAAGGAGGAUUACUUGCAUCAGCAGGGAGUGCUUGAACCGCUUUGCCAGACAAAAAUAAGGAUUAUUAUUUUACCAGCGAACUCAUUUGUUGAAUUCCAAAGUAUUUGCACGAGUGAACCCGACUGCGUUGUUGACCACGUUCGUUGCAGCGACGAUUUCAAUGUUAACCAGCCAUUCCACCGUGUUUUGCAAUAUAUUCCUAAUUUUUAUAUUAAGAGGAAAAUUAAUAAGCCAGGUAUUGAUUUGGAAGCAGCUUGUAAUUAUUUGAAAUUUGAAAUGGAUAAAAAGUGCUAUAUAGGGCAUAACUUUAAGGUAGAAAUUCAUAAGAAUGAUAGCCAAAAUGCGACAAAUUCUUCCUGUAAAUCACUCUUUCCGAAACUGAAAAAACGUGGAUCAAUGCGUUUCGUAUCACGUAAUAAUAGUUACAUUGGUGUGGCAGGCGACGUUCACAAAACAGAAUUUGCGUUCGCAAAUGUUGAAGUACAUGAGGACGACCUACCUUUAGACAACCGGUUCAUAAUUUUCUCCGACGAACCCGGGAUGGGCAAGUCAACAACGGUGGUCAAGCUGGCAAACAGAAUUUUGCAACAAAAUGCUAAAAGAAGUAAUAUGCAUUUUCUAAUCGUUAUCGAACUCAAAACUUUGGAGAACAUUGAGCUAAGUGAUACUGAUUUCGUAUCCAGUUUUGUUAAUUGCAUUUCUGCAAAUCAAAAGUUUAAUGAAUUUUCGAAAUUUAUAUUGCGUAAUUUUAUUUUAUUGGGCAAUAUGGUAACAAUUAUAGCGGAUGGGUUCGACGAAAUGACGAUUGAAAACAAUAAACUGUGGACAAACGUUCUCCUUCAGAUUCGUAAGCAAACAAAAAUUAGGAUAAUUAUCACGACUCGUCGUCACGAUUCGGAUCUGCUGCAGAGCACUUUGUGCGUCCUGGAGCAUACAUUUGUCCCCCUAAGAGACUCGAAAUCUGUUGAGGAGAAUGAGAAAAUACAGUUUCUUGUAAACCUGUGGUCCACUGCGAUUCGAUGUACCAACGAACAAACUUCGGAACUCACACUGUUAACAAAAUUUGCUACUCAGGUAAUUCUAGAAGCACACUCGCAUCUUGUUCAAGGUAGAGAGAACUUUCUCGGGGUGCCCCUACAGUUAAGAAUUUUGUCGGAAAUUUUCCUUGAUAAUGCGAUUGAUUACGUCGUAAGUGAAGGAAAAAAAGGAGCAAUUGAAGACUUGAGGGAGGUAAUAUCUUUGAGCUAUAUUUAUCAAAAAUUUAUCGAUCGGAAGUACCAUAUUUACCUCUCUCAGAAAAAUGGGCUUCCAAAUUCAUCCGUGGCAGAUAGACAUGUUUCAGCACGUUUGGAUGAAUAUAUGUACAAGAUUGCAGUUGAGAUAAUCAAUUGUUCGGAAGAUUACGAUUCAUUAAUUACCCGAGUUUGUGGGAGAAAAUUACUAUGUCCUGAUAAAAUGGUUGUCGACGAUAUCAUUCGACUAGGCAUUGCAUACGAGGAUAAGGGGGCAAAAAACCUACAAUUCAUUCAUCGCACAUUUGCCGAGUUUUACGUGGCAAAAUUCCUCGCAAGCGAAAUCGAUCGUCUUUCUCAUCAUGGAAAUAAUUCAUUUGAAGAGGAUGCCAAACUACUUACAAAUAUACUUUUACAACGCGAACCAGCUAACCAUUUUGCCCUAUUUUCAUUCUUAGACGAUAUGAUAAAAGCGAGACUGGCGCAAGGUUUAGGUUAUGCCAAUUUUCCAAAGUUUAAAGAUAGUAACAGAAGGUUACAACGUGAUCUGAAAUUAUCUCAGGACUUAUCUCAUGUAGGUGGAAGAUAUUUUUACCUAGAGGAUUUCCUGAUAAAAGUGGUGAACCGUUCUGAUAUAGAUUUCGCAUUUAUAUUAAAAGAAUCUAAAUUCGGAAUAUUGCACGGAUAUGUGUGUGGUGUCGAACCACUUGCUUGGAUGGUCUCGUUCCUUCGUACAAUGUUGAAACCUAAGGUUGCAUUUAGAAAAAUGAAAUGGUUGAAUUUUUAUUAUACUGAUUAUUCUCCAAAAGUUGUGAAACUUUUAGAUUGUGGUGUGGGUAGUGUAGAAUUGCUAUCGAUAAAUGACAUGAUACAAAAAUUUGACAAACUUGAAAAUAGUGAUGGCGAUUUAAAAACAUGUAUUUUGCAUAAUCCAAUUGCAUACUUAGUUUUCACGGAUGAAAGUAGAGAUACAUUUUUUAAUUUAAUCGAGAACUGUGUCCGUAGAUCGCCAGAUCACGUGGAACUACAACAUUCAGACAGAGAUAAUAUUUCCACAAUCAGGAAUAGGUGGGAGGCUUCUAUUGAUGGAGAUUUGGUUAGAUUAAUUGAAGACAGAUCAGGCCUUGAAUUUUCGAAGAAAAGGACAAUGCUCCGUAUAUAACCAGCUUUUGUUAAAACAUAAACUCCUUAAACGUGCUGAGAAAGGUUAAAUUUCUAUGCAUAAAUUAGUGUAUUUACAUAACUGCGGGAAACAUGUAGUUAGCGGAUGUCCAUAAAUUAUGUUGCUCGUGACGUGGGUAGCAGGAUAAAAGUCUUGGGGGACAGGUCGAUUUGUGCCACAAGUGGAAAGGGGGUGUAACGCGUGACAAGGAGAGAGGGAGGGGCGGAAAAGAGUCACUUCUUCGCGACAUAAUUAAUAACCGUUCUUUUGUCAAAUUAUCUCCAGCAUAUGCAGUGCCCGUGCGACCCCAAAAAUUAACCCGGGCAAAACAUAUUUGUGCGCCCCUAAUUUUUCCCUUCUUAUUUCUAUAUCUACAUGAUUUUUUCGAGGGGUAAAAAAAGGUCGUAAACCUAAAUUUUCAAUUUAUCUAAAAAUUAGUCAUUCGAUAAUUUAAUGAGAAAAUCUAGAAAGAAAUCAAUUUGCUCAAAAUGUAGGUCUUUCGCAUUAAAAAUUCUGAUGCACUUGGGACCAAUUUUAUUUUUUCGCGAAAAAAUAAGGACACUAAUAAUUUUUUCCAGAAUGCUCUAAUUCGAGCCUGGAACUUGCAUUUUAAUUUUUUUACAGCCAAAACCUCUGAUUUUGUAAAUUCUGGAACCUUUAAAAUUCGAAAAAUUCGGAAACAUAUUGAUUAGCAAUAAAACGUCCUUACGUGGCUUAUAAAAAUUCAUCGGCAGUAUUAAAUGAAAUUUAAAGUUGGCCAGAAUUUGCUUUAAGGAAUUUCAGAAAGUAAAAAAAUGUUAAACGUAAAAUGACGCGAAAAUUGAAUUUUAAUAAAUCAGAUAUUUCUUCUGAACAAACAUGUUUCUGAAUUUUUUAAGGGGCUGUCAACUUCGAAAAGUUCAAGAUUUGUGAAAACCAAAUUGUUUGACUGGAGAAAGGUUUAAAAUUCGCACCUCGACAAAGUACAAUUAGCCUAACGUAAAUCUGAAUUUUACAUGUUAAAUCGUCACACUGUGAAUGGAAAAAUUAACUUGAAUUUUGGUACCCGUGAUUUUGCACACGAGGGUUCAUUUUUGUGUCACAAAUAUUUCUAUGUUAAAGUCAAAGGCGGCGUUCGAAAAACGGGAAUUUUCUAGAAAUCUCAUGUGUAAGGAAUUUUUCGGGAAUUUUUGGAGGCUCUUGAAUAAAUGUAAUUAAUUCAAGAAUCCAAUUUAUUCAAGAUAGGAUUUCUGUACAUGGUAGUGACAUUAGAAAUUCAAUUCACGUGAAAAUCCUCAAAAUUUCAAAAUUCCAUGCUGAAUCCGAUAACUUAAUUAGCAUUAUUAAUAGUGAAGAUAUGUAUGCAUGGUUUAGAGAAGUUUAUUUCAACUUGCUUCAAAGUUUUAUAAAAAUCCCACGAACACAUGAUAGCAUUGGGGUUUUCAGGGAUUAGUUUACAACAACAAUCACAAAAACUUAAGCCCAUAAAAACCAAAAUUGGCAGACCCUACUCAAAGACAACUGAAAAAUACCACUCAUUGCUGUGGAAUAUUCAAAAGAACUUUACUUUAAUCAGCUUCACUUUGAUUUUUUUACCAGGAUUAUGCCAAUAAAUUACUUUACAUAUCAUAUAAUCGUUGGCGCCCUCCGACGCCCCUCGGCGCCUCAGCGCCCUGGGCAACUACCCGGCUUGCCCGCCCCUCUCACGGGCCCUGAGCAUAUGUAGAAAUACGUGAACACACAUGAGCAUCAAUUUAUUGAUUACAUUUUUCACUUAAAUAAUAUGAGGAAAAAAAUUGUAUUUAGAAUUACUACAUUCACAUUUAUUGAUGAAUUCAGACAUACCUAUGUACAUACAUAUGUAUGAAUUGUAAUAUAUUAUAUUAUUUACGCUCCGACAACCUGUACAGUCUGGUUUUUCUGAAACCAUUUUCUGAUUUGUUUAAGUAUUUAGUUGAACUCUGCGAUACACCAUUUUACUUUUAAAAAUAAAAUACUAUCUUACCUGUAACCACAUGUA